CUUGAAGGCGUUGACGACAAGUCAUCUCAGCAAGAUCUAAUAGCAUAAGCCGAACGAUUCUUCUGGCCUGACACAAAGCUCUAUUUCACAAAACUGACAAAAAAUUCGUGAAAAUCUCUCUUCGAUGAUUCAUCAGCCAGAUCCUCAUUUCUGGAUCUUCAUCACGACAACCUUGAAUCGUAAUACUAACUUAAGCGGAAUAUUUUGGUGCGACAAACAAAAGGAGCCCCUCGCGACAUCGCUAAUCGCCAUAAGCGAUGCUGUUCAACACACGAAUGGUAUCGAGCGUGCUCCUCUGAUGACGAAGAUGACGUAUGCAUAAAUGUAUUGAAGAUAUAAAUCACCGCGAUAACGCGUGUCGAGCGGGUUGAAGAAUGCCCGGCACGGAGAGCACGAGUUUCUUUCUUUUUCCACCAGUGUAGCAACACCCACGUCUUUUUUAUCGUAGACGCGAACUCGCAAUUUUUCUGCACCAACUGUCUACUUCUUCGUUCCGUCUCUCAAAUUGUUUCCUUUGCCAGUUAGACAAUGGGCACGACCACGAUGGUGCGCGCUGAUAAAUCAGACGCCGAGACGAAAUCGAAAUCUUUAAUCGCCUUGCCGGGUAGUGAAAAGCAAGUUUAUGUGCCGCAGACGCUGGAAAGUACCGAACACUCAUUGAACGUAGGAAGGAAGCGCUUUCAAUUUUUGGCCAGUUUGUGCGCUGGAAUAAUCGGUAUUCAGAGUGGCAUAACACUCACUUGGACGUCGCCGAUACUACCAUAUCUUAUGUCAGAGGCGUCCUUCCUUCCCCCACUGUCUGAGGAUCAAAUUUCCUGGAUAACGUCCUUGCUUGCACUGGGCGCUAUCGUGGGUGCCGUGCCUGCCGGCAAGAUCGCCGAUCGUAUCGGUCGGAAGUGGUCCAUCCUCUUGACGAUCGUGCCGUUCGCGACAAGCUGGCUGCUUUUGAUCUUCAGUCGGAACGUCGUCAGCAUAUACAUCGCUAGAUUCGUCGGCGGGAUCGGCGCCGGAGCGGCGUGCGUCCUGGUGCCGAUCUACAUCGGCGAGAUCGCACAGGCGUCGAUCCGAGGCGCCCUGACAGCUUUCUUUCCGAUUCUCCUCUCCUUGGGGAUCGUCUUGUCCUACACAGCAGGCGCGUACUGUUCCUACGUGGCCUUCAACACUAUUUGCUGCGCCCUACUGUUCCCUCUCAUCCUUGGCGCGCCCUUCAUGCCGGAGUCGCCGAUAUGGCUGGUGCAACGUGGUCGCAAGGCUCAAGUCACCAAAGUCCUAUUCACUCUGCGGGGAUCGAAGUACGACAUUCAGGACGAGAUAACUGUUCUCCAGGACGACAUAGAUAAGGUGGCGAAGGCGCAAGGCGGCUUCAAAGACCUCAUCGGCACCCAAGCCGGGCGUAGAGCCAUUAUCGUCUGCAUAGGGCUCAUGAGCUUCCAGCAACUGUGUGGCGUGGACGCGAUCCUCUUCUACACGGUCACUAUCUUCCAGGUGGCCAACAGUACAGUCGAUCCCUACGUGGCGAGCAUUAUCGUCGGAAUCGUCGAGGUCGUGAUAACAAUAGUUGUCGCCACCGUUAUCGACAGGUUCGGUCGCAAACCGCUUCUGAUUAUAUCCAGCAUGGCGAUGACUAUUGAUUUGAUCGUCCUGGGCUAUUACUUUAAGCUCAAAAACGAAGGCGACGUGAAUGCCAUUGGAUGGCUGCCGCUCACCUGUCUCUCCACCUUCAACGUCUUCUUUUCGAUCGGCUAUGGUUCCGUGCCGUUCACAGUGAUAAGCGAGAUAUUUCCGCCGCAGACCAAGGGCGUCGCCAGCAGCAUGUCUAUCGUGGUGCACUGGAGCCUGGUGUUCGCCGUUACCAAGCUGUUCCCGUCCAUGGAGGACAAGUUGGGCCCCGCUGCGACCUUUUGGACAUUCGCAUGCUUCACCGCCACGUCCACCGUCUUCGCAUUCCUCUUGGUGCCGGAGACGAAAGGAAAAACUUUGCAGGAGAUACAAAAGAAGCUCGAACGAAGGAGUAAAACGAGCACAGAGUACCCGGUCGAGCCGGUCUGAAGGCCGGAACAUGCUGCCAAAAGCGUUCACCUUGCCGCGCUUUUGCAGCGCCGAAAUCGGAAGCGAUGCUUACGAUACAUCCAAGUCUCCUGAAAGUCUAGAAGGUGCGCCUAGAAGAGAAGAAAUGCAAUUUUUCUUCUUUUUUUACAAGAAGUAUCUAAUUUAUCGCAGAAAAAUCACAAAAGUCGAGAGACAGAUCAGAGAAACAGAAAAGAAAGACAGAAAAGAGAAAGACAGCUUUUUAAUUUAUAUAAAUUGUUUAUAUAUUAUUAGCUGUGCUAAUUUAUACAUGAACGAUAUGCAGAGGAUAACCUCAUAUCCUUUACGAAAUCUGUGUUAUAUUUAGUAGAAACUAGAAAUGUGUUGAAAAAAGGACUUAAUGUCCAAAUUGCAAAACAUAUAAAUUAUUUGAAUAUAUCUUCUAAACGGAAAGAAGAAUAAUCCAUUAGGUUUUAGUUUUUUAUAAUAUUUUUCCGUAUAUAUAUAUUGAGCAAUAAGAAACAACACUGUAGUCAAUCAAUCUUUUGUUACAUAUUUAUAUUGCUGUUUAAGAAAUUAAUAUUUUCUUUUACCCUA